CUCCAUGAUUCUCGUACACAAGAAUGUACCGUACGCUCAAUAUGGAAGAGGACCCGAAUUUUCGAGAAAUCUAUUCCGCCCAAGAACAGAAUCGUCCCCGCCGAUUCAUUGAGAAUUUUGAGUACCCUUACCUAGCACACCUAGCUCCAACAAUCCGAAUGCACCAGCACGAAUUUCGGAUCCUCUCGUUCUCACAACGCAAGAAAGCCGAAAAACGGAAGGAGAACACGCCAGCAGAAAGAGUAAUAUCCGAUACCAUCGCUUUGUUCUCACAUCCAACACAACAAACACAAACACAUAUUUUACCAACGAACUACCCGUACCGUGCCAUAUCCUUCUCGCACACAAAACAACCCAACGAACGAACGAUCCAACGAACCGGCACGGCCAUGAACCAGUCCAUCGACAAAAUUGCGCACCUGCUGCUGGCGCGAAAGGCAAUCCAAUCCCUGCMCGCAAACGCAAAGCUCACACUCGUCGAGCUCAACGCGAUGCUGAACCACGCCACCGGAACGAGCACCACGCCGAUCGCAAUCGCCGCCACGGGCCGCCAAGCCGACACCAGCGAGCGGACGACGGUUGCCACCGGCCCGGCAGCGGCGGCAAGCCGGGGGGCCGAACCCCACCUCCGCGCCCCGUACCCACCGCCGCGGCGCAUCGCAAUGCGCCUGCGGCAUCUGUAGGACGGGCACGACCGCAAGCCAGCCGGUACGCAGCGUGCUCGGUCCCGCUUGUUGCGGUUCCGUGCCCGCUGCGGCGCAGCGCAGCGCAACACCACACGGCAACGAGCGUGGGACGGGGAAAAAAAGGCGCCGCCGACAAGACGAGGCGAGGCGGGGCAAGGCAUUCGGAGGGAUGGAUGCCGGAUGGAUGCACACACCGAUGCGUUCCAACCAGGGGUUGGCCGUGGGAACCGAUCCGGUACGAUUCUUACGGGGGGGGCAGAAGCCAAAAACUAGCAACACGUAGAGCAAAAUAAACAUUUAAACCAAUAGAUACAUACAGUUGAC